GCGAAGCGCAGCUUAAGCGGCAGUCUUCGGUUAGCGGUUAUAGCGUGUAGUAGCCGGAAGUUGGCUGUCCGUAAGGGUGAAAAGGAGGUGCCCGUUUUGUAACGGAAGUGGUGGACGACCUUCCGGUCGGGAGACGGCGGCUCGCGAUGCGGCGGGUUGUCCGUCCGUGGCAAUCGACGCGUUUCAAAUUGUCACGCGCUCGACGAGGCUACGCGGCCCACGUGGAGUCGAUCUUAGCGAUGGUUCAUCUCCUUCUGGCGCUCACACCCGGAAGUAGAGCGUCCUACGAAACGCAGGGUCCAAGUUUCGUGACGGAACCGUUGUCCAGGGUAGAAUUCACGAACGUCAGCGGCGGAAAGGUGGAGUGUACGGCCAGAGGUAACCCGGCGCCAACGGUGGAUUGGCUGGCCGCGGACGGAGGCAGCGUGGCCAGUAUUCCCGGGAUUAGGCACGUCCUCGAGAACGGGAGCAUUCAUUUUCCGCCGUUUGAGGCCGAAGCUUUCAGACAAGACGUUCAUUGGGCCAUUUACAAAUGCGCGGCGGUGAACAGUGUCGGUGCCGUCGUCAGUAGGGACGUCACCAUAAGAGCGGUCGUAAAUCAGCGGUACGACGCCGAGGUCCAGAGCCCCGGUGGUUUUUUGGGCAACAACGUUCUGAUGCGAUGCAGCGUUCCAAGUUUCGUGAGGGAACACGUUGCCGUGACUUCCUGGCUCCAGGAGCCUUCCUUCAACAUCUAUCCAUCGACGAUAAGCGACGGUAAAUACCAUAUGCUGCCCACCGGUGAGCUUAUGAUAAUUAAUAUAUCGAGGAGUGAUGCUCAAAUGACCUACAGAUGCAGAACUCAUCAUCGGCUGACCCAGGAGCCGGUUGUCAGCAGCAACGUCGGACGCAUACAGCUGACGGAAAUCCGAGGCUCCAUGCCGCCGAUUCUGAACGAAAAACUCGUCUACUUCUCCGCACGGCUGGAAGACACGGUCGUCAUCCCCUGCGUGGCCUACGCCAAUCCGAGGCCGGAAAACAGGUGGUACUACAGACGUCAUCAGAGAGAGGAACCCGUCGAGGAUUCUUCGAGUCGUUUCAUGGUGCGCGACGGUUCGUUGAUCAUCCAAGCGGUCCAGGAACCGGAUGCCGGAUCCUACUUGUGUACAGCCAGCAAUAACGAAGGUAGCGAGACUCUGGAGGUGCGACUGACGGUUUCGGCGCCUCUCGGCGUCCACGUGCAACCCGUGAUCCAGACGGUAGAUUUGGGGAAACCGGCGUACUUGACAUGCAGCGCGAACGGUUUUCCCCAAACGGCUUUAUAUUGGCUGAAGGAUGGGCAACCUCUACGCACCGGUGCCAGGGUAAGAGCCGUCUCGAGGGAAAGAAUAUCCGUCACUUCGGUAGCGAGGGAGGAUCGCGGGAUGUAUCAAUGCUUUGUUAGGAAUGAACACGAAAUGGCGCAAGGGAUAGCCGAGCUGCGUUUGGGAGAAAUUUCGCCGCAGCUGGUCUACAGAUUCAUAGAACAAACGAUGCAGCCCGGUCCAUCGGUUUCGCUGAAAUGUAGCGCGUCCGGCAAUCCGACACCUCAGAUAUCUUGGCACCUCGACGGUUUCCCUUUGCCUCAAAACGACAGACUACUCAUAGGACAAUACGUCACCGUGUACGGCGACGUUAUAUCCCACGUGAACAUCUCAUCGGUAAAACCUGAGGACGGUGGUGAAUACGAAUGCACAGCCAGCAGUAGAGCCGGGGAGGCGAGUCACGCGGCAAGACUGAACAUUUACGGGCUGCCGUACGUGCGACCGAUGCCCGCGGUUUCAGCGGUAGCUGGAAAACAACUUCACAUAAAAUGUCCCGUGGCGGGCUAUCCGAUUGACUCGAUUAUAUGGGAAAAGGACGGAGUCAGAUUACCGACGAAUAUGAGACAGCGAAUCGGUAACGGAACUCUGCUCAUUGAAACUGUCCAAAAAAAUGCCGAUCAAGGUACAUAUACUUGCACGGCAAAAAACAAGCACAAUUACACAUCUCACAGAGCGGUCGAAGUUCGUGUUCUCGUUCCACCGAGGAUUUCGCCCUUUUAUUUCGAGGACGGAGUGACAGAAGGCAUGAGGACGCAACUAAUGUGCACCACAAGCCAGGGCGAUCAACCGCUCAACAUAACCUGGCUGAUGGACAACAAACCGAUACAGAUUGGUCAGGUCCUUGCCGGUUCGGGGGAUCAAGGUCAGGGGCCGAGCGGCGCCGGAACCUCUUCGCCGUCGAACAGCAUUCAGAUAAGCGACUAUCCACCGUUCUCGAGCAUUCUGACGAUUAAUAGCGUCACUGCAAGACACAGCGGAAACUACACCUGUCAAAUCAGUAACGCCGCCGGCAUUGCUGAACAUUUUGCGAGCCUCUUCGUCACCGUUCCUCCAAGAUGGACCGUGGAACCUAUCGAUCAGACCGCCAUAGUGGGUCAUGGUGUUUCGGUAGCCUGCCAAGCAGAAGGGUUUCCGAUUCCUUCGGUCACUUGGAAACAAUCUAUAGGAGACACACCUGGUGACUACAGAGAGCUUGGUUACGGCGGUACCGAAGGCGCCGGAGUUGCUGACAACGGUUCUCUGGUCAUUCCGCGAGUUACCAAAGAGCACGGUGGAUUUUAUCUCUGCCAAGCAAGCAACGGGAUCGGUCCAGGACUGAGCAAACUAAUACGACUAACCGUUCACGCGGGACCGAGCGUGACGGUGAGGACGAGGCAGGAGUCGGUGAGGAGGGGUGAGGCAGUCACCCUGCGCUGCGAAGCCGAGGGAGACUCACCCCUUGAACUCAGCUGGCGUGCUCGCGGCAGUCGGGUCGACCCUAACUACGACAUUAGGUACGCUUUGGACAACUCUCCGAUACCGAAGGGUAUGAUCUCGGAAUUGAGGAUAUCCGAGGCCGGCCACGCCGACCGAGGGGAGUACACGUGUAUCGCCAGUAACGCUUACGGUCACGAUCGCGCCAACGUUCAUCUACUCGUACAAGAACCACCGAACUUUCCGAGAAACUUACGCGUGGCCGAACAAGGAAGUCGCUCGAUACUACUCGCCUGGUCGCCGCCCUCCGGCGACUCGGACCCCGUUCACCCCGACUCUCCGAUCAUCAGCUACGUCGUCCAAUACAAAGAAGCUCAAGACGUUUGGCACGAGCACAAUACCCAGAAAUUGGUAGCCGGCGACAACACCGUCGCUCUCGUUACACCGUUGAAACCAGCCACGACUUACCACUUCCGUGUAUACGCCGAAAAUCAUCUGGGAACAUCGGCUCCGAGCGACAUACUUCACGCGCAAACGGACGGCGAAGUGCCCAGCGGACCGCCGCGACAGGUGUCGGUCGAACCUCUGGGACCCCAACAGCUCAGGAUAACCUGGCAGCCGCCCGACCGAUCGCUUUGGAACGGCGAACUCCUCGGUUACACCAUCGGCUACAGAAACUUGGGGAACGACGAGAAGUCGGUGAACAUCACCAGAGUCGGUAUCAUGGGAAACGGCGACGGCUCGUACGACUACAGGCUAACGGGUUUGGAGAAGUACACACAGUACAGCGUAGUGGUGAAGGCUUACAACAGCAAGGGUGACGGACCCGGUUCGGAUCCGAUAGUGGCGCAAACACUCGAGGACGUUCCCAGCGCUCCGCCUCAGAACGUUGCCUGCGUCGCUCUCACGGCUCAGAAGGUCCAAGUUACUUGGAAACCACCGCCGUCCGACAAAGUUCACGGUGUCGUACAGGGUUACAAACUUCUCUACGAAGCGGCGAACGACGCGGCUUCUUCGGAGCUACAGGGUUCCCGUGAAACGAAAAUCACUCAUGCCUUGAGCAUUGUUCUUCACGGUCUCAAUCCCUACACGAACUACACCGUACAGGCGUUGGCGUACACCCGUGCCGGAGAGGGAGUGAGCAGCAGCCCCGUCUCGUGUACCACCGAGGAAACUGUACCCGACGCGCCGGAGCGUGUGAAGGCGGUGACGAGCGCCGAAGACUCCGUGGUCAUAUCGUGGCUACCGCCGCGGAGACCGAACGGCGUACUGACCAAGUACGUCGUUUACAUAAAGACGUCCGAUCAAGGGCAGGAGAAAAAAAUCACGCCAAAUUCCGUCCCGGCUCAAAAUCUCCAUUACGACGCGAUGGGAUUGAAGGUUCGCGAGUCCUACGAAGCUUGGGUUACCGCUUGGACCAAAGUUGGCGAGGGUUCCAAAUCGGCGAUGAUCAAACUGCAACCGAGUCCUACCGUUCCAGCUGCCAUUAUAUCGUUCGGUGUGAUGGUCCUGGUGCCAUGGAGAGUCGACGUGAAUCUCGCGUGCGUUUUCGUAGGAAAUCCACGUCCGGUCGCCGAAUGGCGACUCGGAGACGUGAAACUGCAGAAGCAGCAAAGAUUGGAAAUCAGCGCGGACAACAAGCUUCUACUUCGAAGCGUGCAGCGAAGUCACGAGGGGAAUUACUCGUGCCACGUCAGGAAUUCGUUGGGAUCGGAUCAGAUCGUUUACAGUUUGCAAGUACAAGUGCCGCCAACGCCGCCGACGCUUUUAGCUACCGGUACGACAACCGAUGCGGUUCAAUUGCAAUGGAAGCAGGGUGACAACGGUGGUUCUCCGAUCAAAGGAUUUUUGCUGGCUUAUCGGAGGGAAUUCGCCGAAUGGGAAGAAGUCAUGAUAGAUCGUAAAGCCAGCACUUAUUUGCUCGAAGGUCUGCAAUGCGGGACCAAUUAUCAAUUCAACUUGGCAGCCUUCAAUCGCAUCGGAAGCGGAAGUGCCAGCAAAACCGAGACCGCUAAAACCAAAGGGUCGAAGCCGGUUGCUCCGGCCAAACAGCAUCUCGUCAGGGCCAACUUGACGUCGAUCGUACUGGAGUUGGCCUCCUGGCAAGACGGCGGAUGUCCCCUGCUCUACUUCGUCGUCGAAUACAGACGACUUCCCGGCGACUGGCUUCUGGUUUCCAACAACAUUCCGCCGCACUCGAGGUUCUCCAUAGUCGACUUGGAGAGCGGCGCCAAUUACAACCUGAGGCUGACGGCGUACAACAACGCAGGCUCGACACAGGCGGAGUAUUUGUUCGCAACUCUGAGCCAUAACGGUGGAAAGAGAAUAUACGACGGACCGGCUAUCGAGAGCGAAGAAACGCCGCUGUAUCUGGACGCCCAAGUCCUCGCUCCCAGUGUGGUGUCGGUUCUGGCUGUGAUAUUGGCCGUAGCUGGCGUCUGUUUCUGUUUGAGAACUCAUCCCGGAAGGGCAGGAUCGGCUAACGAUCCGCCCUCCCAGACUCAGGCGGCUCUGGACAACAAGCACAACAUGGAACAAAGGGAACAAUAUUACGCGACCGCGCGAAAACCGGGGCAGCAAUCACCCUGCAGAGAAGUUAACGCGUUGGAGAGAAUCCCGGAGUAUUCCGAAGACAUUUAUCCGUACGCGACGUUUCAUCUUCCCGAACAAGAGAAUCUGUCGGCCAAUCCCAUGCGACAGGCUUUUUUCUACGAGCGUGGAGAGACGAUGCUUCAGGGAGCGCAGUGCGACGUGGAUCAGUACACCAAGGUGCGAGGACGUUCACGGCGCAAGUCUCACUUCAAGUCGGAAUCGGAGGAGUACGAUACUCUGGGUUCGGACAGCGACACCGAAGUCGGUACGAGUAGUCGUACGGAAUCGUCGAAUCAUUUGGACGACUCCGGACCGACUUCGAUCAUGGCGAGAUCGCCCGGACCGAAUUCCGGAGCCCAUCGGAGUCGAGAACAACGAUUGGCUCUGGUACCGCGGGCGGUUCAUCAUAAUGUGCUGUACCACACGCAAGAAUCAAGUACAUCAACCGAGCCGUCACCAAUUUCUGAACGGAAGACUUUUCCCAGAUUGGAAAAGCAGAGGAGUCGUGGAGCAACGCCAGAUAUUUCAGUUGAUGCCGGCCGCGUUCCCAGCGGAACUCGACCUAUUUUAAAGUUAUCGGAGGCUGGAACGCGCCCGUAUUCGGCGAACGUUUCGCCCAGCCAUCCGCCGACGGUCGUCUGCAAUCGAACGUUACAGACACCGAGCGUCUGCGAUCGACUGAAGGAGUUGAACGCGCGAAAAUCCGUCGAGUCACUUUGUCUGCUGGGUGAACCCCGCGACUUUCGGCGGUUACAGAAAACUAGAAAGCAGGAUAGAGACGAAGACUGGGGUAACGAGCUAUCCACUUUGGAACUCAAACCACCUUCCGGCUUCAUGGAUGCCCACGAAACGAGCGAGGCUGAGUGUGACAUCGACAUGAAGCUCAAACUCCACCACAAAAAGGGUGUCACGCUCAGCGCACUCUCAAAGUCACCAAAAGACUUCACCAUCACUGUUUAAGUGUAACGAAUAUCAAAAUGAAUGUAUCUAAUUGAUUAUUAGGGUAAGAAUAAAUUUGAAUUAUAUAAAUUGACUGUUUCAAUCGCUGCUAAUAAUGAUCUAUGUACAAUAAAUACAUAUUUUUACAUA